AUGUGGUUUGUGUGUAAUUCUAACUUUGAAAACAUUUGCACAGUACAAUGGGUUAAGAAGCGUACCGGGAAGCCGCUGGCGAUCAUUGAUCGUUUUACUUAUUACUGCGCCGUGAAGUCCACCGCCACGAGCACCUGGCGCUGCACGAAGGGAGGGCAGUGCAAGGCCAGAUUCAUCGUCAACAACAACAUGGAGAUCACACGCUCGUCCCUCCUUCACGAUCAUCCACCACCCAAUUACGUUAUACGCCAUGGAAUUUACCUUAAAAUCUAG